AUAAAAAUUUUGUGCGUUUCUUCAAAGAAUUAUGAAUUAAAAAAUAUGAAUUAUAAAUCAAAAUAAAACGUAUGAAUUAAAAAAAUCCCGAGUUUUGAAGAAUAUUUUGUUGUUCAAUAUUAAAUGGACUAUCAAGGAGUUAAUAAUGAGUUUGAUAACUUAAAAGUUGAAAAACUUCCACAGCAAGUCUUGAACACGAUUGCAAAUGAACUGCCAAAUGAUUGGAAGAAAUUUGCUCGCAGAUUGAACAUUAGUAAUGAAGAAAUUGAUCGAGUCUUGAGUGAGUACAAGACAGCCUUUGAACAGACUUAUCAAAUUCUUUACAGUUUUUGCAGAAAGAACCCAUCUAAAAAAUGGAGAGACAUUAAAGAUGGAUUGGGUUUUUGUAAACGAACUGAUGUGAUUAAUAAAUGCGAACGAAAAUUAUCUUUUCAUUCAAUACAUGGUGUCUUACCCUCUUUUAAAAACUUCUUUUCACGAAAUAAAGAACUUAGUGAAAUACAUCGCAGUUUGGUCGAGCUACAAGAUACGAAAAAGCCUUUAGUAUUAUCCGGAAUGUCAGGUAGUGGAAAAACACAACUUGCCAGAAAAUAUUGUGAAGUAUAUGAAAAGUUUUUUGAAAACAUUAUUUGGAUAGACGCAGCAUUUGGAAAAAUACGAAUUUCAAUGGAAGCCCUUUAUCAAAAAUUAGGACUUGGUGUUAACGAUUCACAAAAAUCUCCAACAAAUAAUUAUUUCAAUAUUAAUUUGAUUAUUGAAAAUAUACAUAACUACUUUAGAUACGAAAAAACUUUGUACAUUUUUGACAAUGUUGACAGUGAAAGUGUUAGAAAUUUUGAAAUGUACAUUUCAAGGAAAUCAAAUUCUUUUACUUUGAUCACCACUCAAUGGAGAACGUGGUCAGAUAACAUAAACCUGAUGUCAAUAGAUGUUUUUUCUCCUGAAGAAGCUUUAGUUUAUAUAAAAAACAACAUUAAAACAAAUUCAGACGAAAAGUUAAAAGAAUUAAUAAAAGAGCUUGGUUUCCAUCCUUUUGCCAUCACUCAGGCGAUAAAAUAUAUAAACGCACUCUCAGUUGCAAUUGAAACAUAUUUAGAUCGAUAUAGAAUGCAUCCCAUACAAAUACUAGACGAUGAUAAAUUUCCAACCGAAUCAGAAUCGAUGUCUGCUGUAAAAGCAAUUAAUUUAGUUUUAAUAAAGUUAGAAAAUAAUGACAGUGUUCCAUUAAAAUUACUGAACUGUUUAUCACAUUGCGAUGGUCAAAACAUCAGCAAGCAUUUUAUUGUCCAAAUUUCAAAAUACAUGGCAAUAAAAGAUGAAUACUUGAUUGAUGACGCUAUUAGAUUACUGGUUAGUUAUUCAUUGCUAGAUUGUUUUAGUCAUGGAAAAUAUUCAAUGCACGAUCUGACACAGCUGUCAUGUAAAUAUUUUCAAAUUAAAAACUUCAGUUUAAAAACAUUCCAUGAUCUUAUCGAAAAUUAUUUUACUUUUGAGUUAAAAGACAUGAACGAUCACGUUGAUUACGGAAAUCAUUUUGUAUUUCAUUUUUUCUUUAUGUUUCGGAAAAAAAGAAAAGAAAUGACGGAAUCCUUUUAUUGUGCAUCAAAUAUUAUUUAUAAUUUCUUAACAUGUAAAGGUUUAUUUCAAGAAGCUAUUGAAAUACUGAAAGCUAUUCUAAGUUUUAAUGCAGAAACUUAUGGAGAAAAUAAUGAACUAACUCUUGAUACAAAAUUUAACAUCGGUAAAUGUUUGCACGACAUGGGAAAAUAUAGAGAAGCUUUGAGGGUAUAUUACUCUGUUGAUAAAACAAAAACUGAACUUUUCGGUAUCAACAAUCCAUCAGCUGUGGAUACAAAACAUAAUAUCGCAGUCUGUUUGACAAAAAUGGGAAAAUAUAACGAAGCUUUAGAAAUAUAUUAUUCUGUUGAAAAAAAAAAAACCGAAUUUUUAGGUAUUAACCAUCCGUCAAUUAUGGACACAAAACAUAAUAUCGCACUCUGUUUGAUGAAAAUGGGAAAGUAUAACGAAGCUUUAGAAAUUUAUUAUUCUGUUGAUAAAAUAAAAACUGAAAUUUUAGACAUUAACCAUCCGUCAAUAAUGGAAACAAAAAGUAACAUAGCAAUCUGUUUGAGCAAUAUGGGAAAAUAUAACGAAGCUUUAGAAAUUUAUUACUCUGUUGAUAAAUUACAAACUGAAAUUUUAGGGAUCCACCAUCCGUCAACAAUGUCAACAAAAAAUAAUGUCGCAAUCUGUUUGAGCAAUAUGGGAAAGUAUAACAAAGCGUUAGAAAUUUAUUAUUUUGUUGAUAAAUUACAAACUAAAAUUUUAGGUAUUAACCAUCCGUCAACAAUCUCAACAAAAAAAAAUAUCGCAAUCUAUUUUAGCAAUACAAGAGAGUAUAAUACAGCUUUAGAAAUUUAUUAUUCUGUUAAUAAAUUACAAACUGAAAUUUUAGGUAUCAACCAUCCGUCAACAAUGUCAACAAAAAAUAAUAUCGCAAACUGUUUGAACAAUAUGGGAAAGUAUAACGAAGCUUUAGAAAUUUAUUAUACUGUUGAUAAAUUACAAACUGAAAUUUUAGGUAUCAACCAUCCGUCAACAAUGUCAACAAAAAGUAAUAUUGCAAUCUGUUUGAGCAAUAUGGAAAAGUAUAACGAAGCUUUAGAAAUUUAUUAUUCUGUUAAUAUAACAAAAACUGAUGUUUUAGGUAUCAACCAUCCGUCAACAAUGUCAACAAAAAAUAAUAUUGCAAACUGUCUGAAUAAAAUAGGAAAGUAUAAGGAAGCUUUAGAAAUAUAUUAUUCUGUUGAUAAAUUACAAACUGAAAUUUUAGGUAUCAACCAUCCUUCAACAAUGUCAACAAAAAAUAAUAUCGCAAACUGUUUGAGUAAUAUGGGAAAGUAUAACGAAGCUUUAGAAGUUUAUUAUUCUGUCGAUAAAAUAAAAACUGAAAGUUUAGGUAUCAACCAUCCGUCAAUAAUGGAAACAAAAAGUAACAUAGCAAUCGGUUUGAGCAAUAUGGGAAAAUAUAACGAAGCUUUAGAAAUUUAUUACUCUGUUGAUAAAUUACAAACUGAAAUUUUAGGGAUCAACCAUCCGUCAACAAUGUCAACAAAAAAUAAUAUCGCAAUCUGUUUGAGCAAUAUGGGAAAGUAUAACAAAGCUUUAGAAAUUUAUUGUAUUGUUGAUAAAUUACAAACUAAAAUUUUAGGUAUCAACCAUCUUUCAACAAUGUCAACAAAAAAUAAUAUCGCAAACUGUUUGAGUAAUAUGGGAAAGUAUAACGAAGCUUUAGAAAUUUAUUAUUCUGUUAAUAAAACAAAAACUGAUGUUUUAGGUAUCAACCAUCCGUCAACAAUGGCAACAAAAAAUAAUAUCGCAAACCGUUUGAACAAUAUAGGAAAGUAUAACGAAGCUUUAGAAAUUUAUUGUACUGUUGAUAAAUUACAAACUAAAAUUUUAGGUAUCAACCAUCCUUCAACAAUGUCAACAAAAAAUAAUAUCGCAAACUGUUUGAGUAAUAUGGGAAAGUAUAACAAAGCUUUAGAAAUUUAUUAUUCUGUUAAUAAAACAAAAACUGAUGUUUUAGGUAUCAACCAUCCGUCAACAAUGGCAACAAAAAAUAAUAUUGCAAACUGUUUGAAUAACAAGGGAAAGUAUAACGAAGCUUUAGAAAUUUAUUAUUCUGUUGAUAAAUUACAAACUAAAAUAUUAGGUAUCAAUCAUCCGUCAACAAUGUCAACAAAAAAUAAUAUCGCAAACUGUUUGAGUAAUAUGGGAAAGUAUAACGAAGCUUUAGAAAUUUAUUAUACUGUUUAUAAAAUACAAACUGAAAUUUUAGGUAUUAAUCAUCCGUCAACUAUGAAAACAAAGUUUAAUAUGGCAAACUGUUUGAGCUCCAUGGGGAAACAUAACGAAGCUUUAGAAAUUCAUUAUUUUCUUGAUAAAUUACAUACUGAAGUUUUAGGCAUUAACCAUCCUUUAACAAUGCUUACAAAAACUAGUAUCGCACACUGUUUGAAGAGUAUGGGAAAAAUUAACGAAGCUGUAGAAAUUUUUUAUUCUGUAAAUAAAAUGCAAAUAGACAUUUUAGGUAUCAACCAUCCGUCAACAUUGCAAACAAAAAGUAAUAUUGCAGUUUGUUUGUAUUAUAUGGGAAAAUAUAACGAUGCAUUAGAAAUAUUUUAUUCUGUUGGUAAAUUACAAACUGAACUUUUAGGUAACAGUCAUCCAAACACAUUAGGCACACAAAAAAAUAUUUUAAUUUGCACUUGCAAUUUACACAGUACAAAAGAAUUUUGAAAACUUUUAAAAUUUUAUUUUUCCGUUAAAAAAAUAAAAACUGAAGUUUUAGGUAUCAAGCAUGUGCCAAAAAAUGGGUCUCAAUAUGUUUAAGUGCGAGUUGUUUUAUGUUUUAAUUUUGAUUUUAAUAUUUAUUUGUCAAUUAAAUAUUUUUAAACAAA